ACUAUUUCACCAAGGUCCUUGAAGAUGACCUAAAGGCCGUUGUCAAACCCCAGUACGUUGACCAGCUCCCGAGAGCUGUCAAGACACCCGACAAGAGUGUCAAGUUCCUCCUCGAGCACAGAUCCGCAAUGGGCAAUAUGGACCAGGUUCUUGACACCUUAGAACUUCGUCACAUCCUGGACCGCGAUGUUAACCACCUUUCUGGUGGAGAAUUGCAACGAUUCGCCAUUGGGACAGUCUGUGUCCAGAAGGCUGAUGUAUACAUGUUUGACGAGCCAUCUUCUUACCUCGAUGUCAAGCAGCGUCUUUCUGCAGCGCGAAUGAUCCGUUCUUUGCUCGGCCCGGAUAACUAUGUUAUUGUUGUCGAACACGAUCUGUCAGUCCUUGACUACCUUUCCGACUAUAUUUGUGUUCUCUAUGGUAAACCCGCUGUAUAUGGUGUGGUUACUCUACCUCACUCGGUCCGUGAAGGCAUCAACAUUUUCCUUGACGGUCAUAUUCCUACCGAGAACUUGCGGUUCCGAGAAGAAUCUUUGACGUUCCGUAUCUCAGAGGGUACUGAUGACUUUCAAGCCGAUAAGGCUCGCGCCUUCAGCUACCCCAAAAUGGAGAAGGCUCUCGGAAACUUCAAGCUCAACAUUGACGGCGGUGACUUUACUGAUUCGGAGAUUAUCGUCAUGAUGGGUGAAAACGGUACAGGGAAAACGACCUUCUGUAGGCUUCUGGCUGGUGCUCUUAAGCCCGACAAUGCCGAGAAGGUUCCCGAGAUGAGAAUCAGCAUGAAGCCCCAAACUAUUACUCCUAAAUUCGAGGGUACCGUCCGACAGCUAUUUUUCAAGCGAAUCAAGCAGGCGUUUCUCUCCCCGCAGUUCCAGACUGAUGUUGUCAAGCCUCUCAAAUUGGAUGAUUUCAUCGAUCAAGAAGUCAAGAACCUAUCCGGUGGUGAACUGCAGCGUGUAGCCAUCGUCAUGGCACUCGGAUUGCCAGCCGACAUCUACUUGAUUGACGAGCCGUCGGCCUACUUGGACUCCGAGCAGCGUAUCAUUGCAGCACGCGUGAUCAAGCGUUUUAUUAUGCACGCUAAGAAGACGGCUUUCAUCGUAGAGCACGAUUUCAUCAUGGCUACAUACUUGGCGGAUCGUGUUAUUGUGUUUGACGGAAAGCCGGGUCUCGAUGCCCAUGCUAACGCGCCCGAGUCGCUGCUCACUGGAUGCAACGCUUUCUUGAAGAACCUAGAUGUCACCUUCCGUCGUGAUCCGACAAACUACAGGCCUCGUAUCAACAAGCUGAACAGUCAGCUGGACCAGGAACAGAAACUGGCUGGAAACUACGUAAGUUAAAUUUACCCCUAAUGUUUCAUCGAGGCUCAUCACUAACGUGAUCCACAGUUCUUCUUGGAAGAAGACAGCUCUUGAAACGGGCGUCCCACGUGAUAAUGGCUACCAUCAAGGCCGCAAGCAUCAUCAAAAUACCCCAUCAGCAUCGGAUACCGGCGUUCUAGGCGUACAAAAAGGGGGGUCAACGCGCCGAGAGAGCGGGAGCGCGCAUGAGUUAUCCGACAUGGAUGCGGAUG